GACGUAUGCUGCAUGUUCAGCAACAAUUAAUGAGUUCUUGACACGAAAUGUCGUGUUACCAAUUAAAAGAAAUGAAAUAUCGUGUAAAUCGUCCCUUAUGAUAGUGAUGUAAUAUAAGAACGGUGCCAGAAGUCAAUCACGUGCCUUAGUUUCCCCAUUCCAUAUUUAAAUUGACCAAUUUAAUCUGUCCAAUCUUGAGAUGCGGUAAUUUGUAAACUAUUAUGUGGUGUGAAUGUUUCUAAGAUGUCUAUAUGGGUGGGCAGUGGCUGCGGUGGCGGCGAGGUUUGCGCCCCCCCAGCCGCCACUGUCCUGUCUGCGAAUACCUCAAUGGAGUCUGGCAUUGAGGCUGGGGUGCUUCCGACAGUUACUGGCUCACUGGCCUCCGCCCGGGAUUCGCUUGGUUCAUUGUCACGGGCGGCCGAACACCUCUAUGACACGGAUCAUACAGACCUUGGCAGCGAGCUCGAUGAGGCUGAAAUACGACGGGAGUUGAUGCACGAUAAAUGGCGGCUGCUUUUCGAUCGGUUCGAUCCGGAGGGUUUUGGUGAGAUCCCGUGGCCAGAUUUCCUUCAGACCCUUCAACAUCCCGAUUUUAUAGCGCAGGUGCCGCAUCACAAACGUGAGAUCCUGUUGGAUAAGGCAAAAAGUUCGAGCAGCCCGUCCAUUACUUUUCAAGAAUUUGUUAAUGUGAUGAGUGGCAAAAGAACUCGUAGUUAUAGAUGCGCAGUACAUCAAAGAGACCGAGAGGUCAGCUCCGAGAACGACUUCCAUCUUCUUCUUGAGGACCCCACUCUAUUCGCCAGGAUGGUGCAUUUAGUAGCAAUGGAAGUGCUCCCUGAAGAGCGGGAUCGCAAGUAUUACCAAGAGAGGUAUACGUGCUGCCCUCCACCACUGUUUAUCAUCUGCGUUACUCUAUUAGAGCUGGGUGUGUUCGCGUGGUACUCAUGGGGUACAGGAGGCGUGGCUGCAGCGGCUGGUCCCGUGCCCGUCGACUCUCCCCUGGUGUAUCGCCCAGACAGACGCCGCGAACUUUGGAGGUUUUUCACCUACAGUGUCGUACACGCUGGCUGGCUUCAUCUCGCAUUCAACCUCCUUGUACAACUUGCGGUGGGUUUGCCGUUAGAAAUGGUUCAUGGCGCAGCGCGUUGUGGGGCCGUUUACUUAGCGGGUGUCCUGGGUGGCUCAUUGGCCGCUUCAGUACUGGACCCCGACGUCUGCCUCGCGGGAGCAUCUGGUGGGGUUUACGCAUUAUUGGCUGCUCACUUGGCAAACGCCUUGCUGAAUUUCCACGCUAUGCGCUAUGGCGCUGUGCGAUUGGUAGCCGCGCUUGCGGUUGCCUCGUGUGACGUCGGCUUUGCCGUACACGCUAGAUAUACUAAAGAAGCGCCACCCGUAUCUUACGCGGCACACGUAGCAGGUGCUCUAGCGGGGUUGACCAUUGGUCUCCUAGUCCUGAAGCACGCCCAACAGCGUCUAUGGGAACGCUUGCUUUGGUGGGCGGCGCUCGGCGCUUACGCGGCCUGUACCCUAUUCGCCGUCCUAUACAAUAUAUUCAGCGGGCCCGUAGAUGAACUGCAUUACAUGCCUCCAGACCCACCACCCGAUGUCGCUGGCUUUUGAUCACACAAUACUCAAAUGGCGCAAACGUUUUCCCGUCCAUAUUAAUAAUAAAUUAAUUUAAGGGCAUCUUAUUUGAGAUGCGUUUAAUCGUACCGAAAGAUAAAGUAAUUUUUGAUUGAGUAUUAGUGAAUGAGUGUUUAGGAUGGGAUUGCUUCGUUUGCGCCAGUUUCGUCGCGGUACCAGUGACCGGUCACAAACGCCUAGUCAAUUUACCUUAGUGUGAUACGAUACGAGGGGUCGCACCGUCUUUGUUUUCGCUGACGCAAGUUAACACUUGUUGAGCUAUUUUUAUAGUAGGUAAUUGCAGUUUUGUUUCUCCAAAGCCCCCUCGCGAUACUUAAGUGUUAAGUAGUCCUAAUUAUAUAUAGGUGAACUAUUUUUGUACCUAUCAGCGUCCGUAGUAUUAGGUCGAAGGCGUUACCGCAUAUGUUCCCACGUGGCGUGGCGACCGAGCUAGAUUCAGUACAAUACGGGGAUAAUCUAGCCGGCGCCAUUUUGUCAACACAUCACACCAAAGAUUAGAAUAAAAUGGCGUCCGUACACCGCUGGUGAAGUUACGUUCUACGUAUAUUUGCUAUUGUCCAAUUUAAUUGCUCAGAAAUUAUCAAGUGAUAUUAACAUUUGAUUGCUCAAUCGCAAUGUUUUCGAUGAUUACGCUCAAUAGUGAGUUUUUUGUUUUGUGGGAUCAAUAAUUACAUAUAAGUUUAGGGCGGGCGACUGUGCAGAUACUUACAUUUCUUUUAUUUUCAACUACUAAAUGUAUUUACUAAUUAAAUAUUAUUGUUUUGAAAUAAGCCAGUUUAAAUCCAGACACAAUAAUUGUUAAUAAAGAAGCCGCCCGCCCUACUAGCAAUUUUCGUGUACCGACAUGGUAUGCUUUUAAUAACUUGCUUCACAAGUACAUAGAUUUAUUAUAAAUGUGCCUGAUUCCUAUUAUUAUAAAAUUGUAUAAUUUUAAUUGUAUUGUAAUCAAAUAAUGUCAGAAACCGACUGAUUUUGUAUAAAUUAUUGCAGAAUGUUUUUGUUUAAUUUAUUUUAAAAUUAUUUUAAGUGCGAAUUGAAAUAAUUAUAAUUAUGUGAUUAUAAAAUAAGAAUACGCAUUAUAAGUGAAUGAUGAAUGAA